AUGUAUGCGACCGUUGUGCCGCUCCGAUGCGCUUCCCGCGGGCCACAUUCCGUCAAAACGGUAUUGUCGGAGUCGCUGCCGCGGCUGGCGGCUCGCCGAUGGCUCGCCAUUGGCAAGAACGAUAAGUCUCACGAAGAGUACAUGCGGGAGGCCAACAAGCAAAUGGAAAGAUACCACGAAGCUCGUGAAGCCUUCAAAGCAGGAAAACUCAAAUCCAAAAAUCCGCGCCAAGGAUCCAGGGACUCCACGGCGGCACAGUUCACCGUCGCAGGAGUAUUCCUUGUGGUAUUCUUUGCCACCCCCUUCUUGGGUCGUAAAAUUGCUCAGGACGAUGAAUUCCGUGAGCGAUGGAUUCCUUCUUGGUACGACUUUACGGUCAAGAAACCGGAUAAUGCAUGGACUCGAGAUGAACUACACGAACAAAUGCUGGAAGUCCAGCGCAACAUUCGUGAGAGAGCCAUUGCGGGAGACUUCACUCCGGAGAAGCUGGAGGAGAUGCAACGAUCCUUGGAAGGCAUGAACUACCCGCAUCGCGAAGGAAUGGAUCGUUCCAAAGUCCCUAAAGUAUGGGAUAGCAUUCAUCCGGGGGCCGAGGACGAUGACGACACUUUGAAUGAGGCGUAA